CGGAUCCUGGUGACGUCACCGGAUGGACUAACGCAAACACGUUGAACAAAACAGAUGCAAUCACAAAUGAGAUGACGUCAACAAAAUUAGUCGAGCCACAUUUGGGGAAGAACGAUAAAAGAUCGACGUCGGCGACUAACCUAGACGGCCCUAGUUCUUUUUAAUUUCGUUUUCAAAACAGGGAAAAAUACUGUCAGCCCCCCCAACAAGUCUGUCUACGAACCUUUAUCCGCCUCAAGGUCACUUUCGCAUCCAGCAGCCAAAACGAUGGCCCAAGAGACCAACCAAAGUCCGGUUCCUGUUCUUUGUACCACUGGCUGUGGUUUCUACGGUAACCCAAGAACAAAUGGCAUGUGCUCUGUUUGCCACAAGGAGCACUUGUCCAGACAGAACAAUGGAGGAAUUAAUUCCAUGGCCCCCAUUGGCAGCAGCGGUGGCUCUGCUGUUGAAGUGUCUGCCAUUCAGCGGUUGGAGGCUUCCUUGAACAACGCUGCUGCUGCUGCAGUGGCUGCUGCCGAGGAAGCAGCAGACGCUGCGACAUCUGUAGAAGCUGCUGCCAUUGAAAGCUUCAGUGGAGUGUCUGUCACACAUCAGAUGACUGAGCUGAGUUUGUCUUGCGAGGAGAAGGCUGCAUCAGGGAGCAACGUGGAGUUGACAGACCCAGUGAUGAGUCAGCCUACAACGUCCACAUCUGGUAGUCAACAGCCUCCUGCUCCUGAACCCCUCAAACCCAAAAAGAAUCGCUGUAAUAUGUGCCGCAAAAAAGUUGGACUCACAGGUUUCGACUGCCGCUGCGGCAAUAUUUUCUGUGGAAUCCACCGUUACUCAGACAAGCACAAUUGUCCCUAUGACUACAAAGCUGAAGCUGCAGCCAAAAUUCGCAAGGAAAACCCUGUUGUUAUGGCUGAGAAGAUCCAGAGAAUAUGAAGAGAAGAUGGUCUGCCUGAAUCCAUGGACUGAUUGGUUUCUCAACAAGUGGACUUGAGCGCAACUGUUGCCCCGAAAGGACCUGCUGUUGCUUCACACUCGAAGUGCACGAACGUUUGUAUUCUUAUCUGUGAGUUAGAAACCUUUGGGAGUUGUGUUGAUUCCAGUGUGCAUGUGAUGUGUGUGUGUGCGCGCGUGUGUGUGUUAGAGAGGAGGCUGCUGCAGGUUGUGGGCUACGUUGAUGAAGGUGUGAAGUAUUUUCGUGUGUUUGGACUCUUCAGACUGUUACUGCUGUUGGCCAACAGGCGUCGUUGAUGUUGUGCUUGCUCUCUGCUGGCUUGAGUAGCAAAGUAGAUAACUUGUUUCCCUUGUUUGGCCUUUGUCGGGUGAGUUUGGCCUGACCGAUGUCAGCCCACUUAACUACCGUGAAUGAUAACUGCUUCCCUGGAACCCAGUCUGUACCUGCCUGUGAGUCACGUUUCUGCUGAAAGGACAAUAGUGGAUGCGGGAUCUUCUGAAUCGAUCAAUCCCUCCUGUGUUUUGUGCAGCAACAAUAAUAACUGUUUGGAUCUGGAUAUUAAAAGUUCAUAUCAUUGAUACUUGUCGAUUGUUUUUCAUUAAACUGAUUUCAUUUUUUCUGUUUGAAAGACAGGUAGCUCCACUGAUCUUACUGAUCAUUUUCCAUUAGUUUUAACAGUGUGCUUGCAAUGUCACAUGGUGUGAUGCGAAGAAUGUUAGAGAGAAGUAGUCACAAUUAUUCAUCAUUUUUCAUUACUUUGUGGGGCUGCUUGAGCUGUAUACAUUUGGGUUAUUUCCCCCUUUAGUUAUGCAAGUUUGUACGACUUUUUUUCUACAUCUGCUAUGUGUGUCCACAAGGAUAGAAAUACAAACGUGUGUGUGCGUGCGUCUACUUUGCGGGGACCAAUUCUUGACAAAACAUGAAGAUGAAAAUUUCAAAACAAGUGGGUCAUGACAUUAGGUUUACGUUUGGUUCAAAGUCCUGGUUAAGUUUAGUCAUUUGUUUUGGAUGGUUGGGUUUAGGGUGAGAGGUUGGGGAAAGCAUUAUGGCAAUGAGACCUCACAAUGUCCCCACAGGGACUUAUACUCGUAUCUUUGUGAGAACCUUUAUGAGGUUUUUAAUCAACAGAGUAGAGUGAGGACAUUUUUGCCGGUCAUCACUUUGUCAAGCCUCUUUUUGAGGGUUAAAACUGCAAAAUAGCUGGGAUGUUAUAACUGGAUCUUACUUUGUCAAAGAGUAAAGGUUACGUUUAGCCAGUUGUUUUAGAUGGUUAGAUUUCCUGGGGAGAGGGUGGCGCAAGUAUUAUGUCAUUGAUGGUGCUCAUUAAGAUAGGAAGACGAACGUGUGUUGUGUGAAACCCUCCAAUAAUGCAGAAUAAAUUGUAUGAUGUAAAUAAAAAAAA